GCACCGCAGCCCAGCAGCGAGUCGGGGAGCGCGUGCCCGGAGCGCGCCGAGCGGGCAGGGAGCAGACACAGUGGACCUUGGGUGAGUGAAUUCUGCACGACCUGCCGGACAUGAUGAACGGCCAUGCCUCUCCUCCUCCUGACGCCCUGGCUGCCAGCAGCACUGCGCUGACUGGCCCCAAGACCAUGAAGGCCAUGGCGGGAACCAGCACACCCUCCAGGCCCCGGCCCCAGCCCCAGGCAGCCCUAUCGGCCCAGUCCAAGAGCAUCGCCGGGGUGUACGUGGAGGCCUCUAGCCAGGCCCAGAGUCUCUAUGCCACCAUGAAGCAGGGCCUCCUGUCCGAGGAGCUCGGGUUGGCUCUGCUGGAGGCCCAGGCGGCCACUGGGGGCCUUGUGGACCCCACACAGAGCCAGGUACUCUCUGUGUCUGAGGCGGUGCAGCAGGGCCUGGUUGGCCUGGAGCUGAAGGGAAAGCUGCUGGCUGCUGAGCGCGCGGUCACUGGGUACCCCGACCCCUACGGUGGCGGGAGGCUGUCCCUCUUCCAGGCCAUCAGGAAGGAGGUGGUAGAUAGAGCACAGGGCUGGAGAUGGCUGGAGGCCCAGCUGGCCACCGGGGGCCUGGCCGAUCCCAUCCGGGGAGUGCGAGUGGCCCCAGAGCUGGCGUGCCAGCAGGGCCUCCUGGACCAGGAGACGUGGCACGUGCUGCUGGAGUGCAAGCCCGGCUCCGGUGCCCCUGGCUUCCAGGACCCUAACACGCUGGAGUGGCUGUCCUACCGCGAGCUGCUGGGCAGGUGUGUGAGAGCCCCCACUACAGGGCUGGCCCUGCUGCCCCUCAAGAUCACUUUCCACACCCUGAGUGGGGCAGUGAGCUUGGCAGAGCUGCUGGAGGUGGGGAUCCUUGAUGAAGAGACUGCCCGGGGCCUUCAGGAGGGCAAGCUGGCCGUGCCAGACGUGAGCGCACGGGCAGACGUGAAGCACUACCUGCAGGGCACCGGCGGUAUAGCAGGGGUCGUCCAGCUGCCCGCCGGCCACAAGAAGAGCAUCUUCCAGGCCAUCACCGAGCACCUGCUCCCGAUGGGCACGGGGCUUCUGCUCCUGGAGGCUCAGGCCGCCACCUGCACGCUGGUGGACCCAGCCACCGGCCAGUGGCUAAGUGUGGAUGAGGCGGUCAGGUCAGGCCUGCUCGGCCCAGAGCUCCACAGGAAGCUCCUGGUGGCAGAGCAGGCGGUGACGGGGUACCAUGACCCCUUCAGCGGCACACAAGUCCCCCUCUUCCAGGCCAUGAAGAAGGAGCUGGUGGACAGGACCCUGGCAUUGCGGCUCCUGGAUGCGCAGCUGGCCACAGGCGGGCUCGUGUGUCCAGCCCGCAGGCUCCGGCUGCCCCUGGAGGCCGCCCUGCGCCUUGGAUGCCUGGACGAAGAGACUCAGCAGUGUCUGUCCCAGGCCGCUGGCUUCUCGGAUCCCAGCACACAGGAGAGCCUUGGCUACGGGCAGCUGCUGGCCCGCUGCGUCACUGACCCAGAGACAGGGCUGGCCUUCCUACCUCUCUCCCACGGGCCCCCUGGAGACGAGCCACAAGGAUCCCCGUUCAUUGACCACAGCACCCGGCAGGCCUUAAGUGAGGCCACGGCCACCGUCUCCGUGGGCAAGUUCCAGGGCCGGCCCGUGUCACUCUGGGAGCUGCUCUUCUCUGGGCCCGUCCCCGCGGAGCAGAGGGCAGCACUGGCUCAGCAGUACAGGGACAGCGCCAUCUCGGUGGAGGAAAUGGCAGCAGUGCUGACGGCCGCCCUGGAGCAGGCUGCCGCCGUGGCCAGGACCACCUUUGCUGGGCUGAGAGUGCCCGUGACACCAGAUGAGCUGUUGAAAGCCGAGAUCAUUGAGCAGGAUGUGUACGAGCGGCUGAAGCAAGGGCAAACCACAGCCCAGGAGGUGGGCAGGCUGGCCUCGGUCCAGAAGUACCUGCGGGGCACUGGCUGCAUCGCUGGCGUGCUGGUGCCUGGCUCCCAGGAGCGGCUCAGUAUCUACGAGGCUCGUGAGAAGGGACUUCUCAGGCCGGGCACGGCUCUCAUCCUCCUGGAGGCGCAGGCGGCCACAGGCUUCAUCCUUAACCCAAAGGAAAACAAGAGCUCUUCCGUGGAGGCGGCCCUGAGGGCUGGCCUCAUUGGGCCGGACGUGUUUGCAAAGCUGCUGUCGGCCGAGCGCGCCGUCACCGGCUACACCGACCCCUACACCGGCGAGCAGAUCUCGCUCUUCCAGGCCAUGCAGAAGGAGCUCAUCGUGCGCGACCACGGCAUCCGCCUGCUGGAGGCCCAGGUCGCCACGGGCGGCAUCAUCGACCCGGUGCACAGCCACCGGCUGCCCGUGGACGUGGCCUACCAGCGCGGCUACUUCGACGAGGAGAUGAACCGCGUGCUGGCCGACCCGAGCGACGACACCAAGGGCUUCUUCGACCCCAACACGCACGAGAACCUCACGUACCUGCAGCUGCUGGAGCGCUGUGUGCUCGACCCCGACACGGGGCUCUACAUGCUGCCCCUCGGGAAUGCGCAGACCCAGCUUGUGGAUGGUGCCACCCAGCAGGCCUUCCAGAGCCUGCUGCUGUCGGUGAAGUACGGGCGGUUCCGGGGGCAGACGGUUUCUGCGUGGGAGCUGAUCAACUCCGAGUGCUUCAGCGAGGACCAGAGGAGGCGGGUCCUGCAGGACUACCGGCGGCACAGGGUCUCCCUGGAGCAAGUGGCGCAGCUGCUGGAGAGAGAGAUAGGGAGGGGGCUGGACGUCACGCUGCCCACGCUGAGGGGCCGCGUCCCUGCCCACCGGCUCCUGGAGGCCCGUAUCAUUGACCAGGAGCUCCUGGACCGGGUGCUGGAGGGGGUGGUGAGCCCCGAGGCUGUCCUCCACAUGGACCACGUCCAGAGGUACCUGCGUGGCUCCGGUGCUGUGGGCGGCGUGCUGCUGCGACCCUCCGGCCAGCGGCUCAGCCUCUACGAGGCCAUGAAGCAGAAGCUGCUGGGGCCAGGUGUGGCCCUAGCCCUGCUGGAGGCUCAAGCAGCCACUGGAGGCAUCAGUGAUCCCCAGGGUCUAGAGACCCUGUCGGUGGACGAGGCUGUGCGCAGGAGACUGGUGGGGCCAGAGCUGUACGGCAGGCUGAGGCAGGCUGAGGAUGCCGUCACUGGGGUCCACGACCCCUUCUCAGGGAAGUUGGUAUCCCUGUUCCAGGCCAUGAAGAAGGGCCUGGUCCCCCUAGAGCAGGCUGCCCGCCUCCUGGAUGCCCAGGUGGCCACGGGAGGGGUCAUUGACCCCACAGGCCACUACCACCUCCCCCUGCCUGUGGCCACCCAGCGUGGCUACAUCGACCAGGAGAUGGAGAUGGCCUUGUCCAGCUCCUCCGAGACCUUCCCCACGCCAGAUGGCCAGGGACACACCAGCUAUGCCCGGCUUCUGGAGCAGUGUCUGAGGGACGAGGCUUCUGGCCUUUCCUUCCUGCCCCUGCCAGAAAAUGCUCCUGCUGUCCCCACUGACGAGCAGGUCCAGGAGACCCUGCAGGGGGCUGAGGACGGCAUGUCCCUCUGGGAGCUACUGGGCUCUUGCCACUUCACCGAUGAGCAGCGCAAGAGCUUCUUGGAGGACUUGCGGGUGGGGAAGACCACCGUGCAGCAGCUUCACGGAGCGGUGCAGAAGCGGGUGCAGGAGGCAGAGCUCCUGGCACGGGCUCGUGUCACGGUGCCCGGCCCGAGGGGUGAGGUUCCUGCCGUCUGGCUGCUGGAUGCGGGCAUCAUCACCCAGGAGACCCUGACGGCCCUCGCUCAGGGCACGCAGUCACCUGCCGAGGUCGCUGAGCAGCCCACCGUGAAGCGGCACCUGUGGGGUACGGGCUGUGUAGCUGGCGUGCUGUUGCGGCCGUCAGGGAUCAAGGUCAGCAUCAGCCAGGCCGUGAGGGACGGCCUCUUGCCUGAGGGCCUGGGGCAAAGGCUGCUGGAGGCCCAAGUGGCAUCUGGCUCGCUCAUCGACCCGCUGACCAACCAGAGACUGUCGGUGGAAGGUGCCGUCCAGGCCGGCCUGGUGGCUGGGGCACUGAGUGAGCAGCUCCGGCAAGCUGAGAAGGCCAUGGCCGGGUACACCGACCCCUACUCCGGAGGCUGCCUUGCCCUGUGGCAGGCCAUGGAGAAGGGGCUGGUGCCCCGAGGCGAGGGCCUCCGCCUCCUACAGGUGCAGCUGGCCACGGGGGGCGCGGUGGACCCUGGCCACGGGGUGCACCUGCCCGAGGCGGUGGCCUGCAGGCUUGGUCUGCUGGACAAGCAGGUGAGCCGGGUGCUGACCUCAACAGACGAGGACAGCAAGUUCUUCUUUGACCCCAGCACAAAGGACAAGGUGACAUACAGCCAGCUCAAGGAGCGCUGUGUCCUGGACGCUGACACCGGCCUAUGGCUGCUGCCGCUCGCCCAGGACAUGGUGCUGGAGGUGGAUGAACAUACACUGCUGGCUCUGAGGGCCAUGAAGGUGCCCGUCAGCACCGGGAGGUUCAAGGGUCUCAGCGUGUCGCUGUGGGACCUGCUGCACUCCGAGUACGUCGGCUCCAACAAGCGGCGAGAGCUGGUGGCCCUCUGCCAGUCCGGGAGGGCCACAGCCCUGCGGCAGGUGGCAACGGCAGUCACCGCCCUGGUUGUGGCUUCAGAGACACAGCCCUCGCAGGCCACCUUCAGAGGACUCCGGAAGCUGGUAUCAGCCAGCGACUUGUUCAGGUCCCGGCUGAUUGACAAGGAGACACUGGACGAGCUGAAUCAGGGGAAAAAGACGGUGCAGGAGGUGACAGAGAUGGGAAGCGUGAGGCGGUACCUGGAGGGAGGCAACUUCAUCGCUGGGGUCCUCGUCCAGGGCACGAAGGAGAAGAUGAGCAUCUCUGAGGCCCUGAGGAGGCACAUCCUGCGGCCUGGCACGGCCCUGGUGCUGCUCGAGGCGCAGGCGGCCACGGGCUUCCUCAUCGACCCCGUGCGCAACCAGAGGCUCACUGUGGAGGAGGCGUUCGCCGCAGGGAUGUUUGGCCAGGAAACCUACCGGAAGCUGCUGUCGGCCGAGCGCGCCGUCACGGGCUACACCGACCCCUACACCGGCGAGCAGAUCUCGCUCUUCCAGGCCAUGCAGAAGGAGCUCAUCGUGCGCGACCACGGCAUCCGCCUGCUGGAGGCCCAGGUCGCCACGGGCGGCAUCAUCGACCCGGUGCACAGCCACCGGCUGCCCGUGGACGUGGCCUACCAGCGCGGCUACUUCGACGAGGAGAUGAACCGCGUGCUGGCCGACCCGAGCGACGACACCAAGGGCUUCUUCGACCCCAACACGCACGAGAACCUCACGUACCUGCAGCUGCUGGAGCGCUGCGUGCUCGACCCCGACACGGGGCUCUACAUGUUACAAAUUGUAAAGAAGGGAGAAACCUACAUUUAUACUGAUGAAGCCACAAGGCAAGUUCUGCAGUCCCAAACCACGGAAAUGCACGUGGGGAGGUUUGCCCAUCAGAAGAUCUCCUUCUGGGACCUGCUGUCCUCUGAGUACUUCACCGAGGAGAGGAAACGAGAGCUCGUCCAGGAGGUCAGAGCCCAGAACGUUCCCCUGGAGCAGCUGUUGGAGAUCAUCACUGCUACCGUGGAAGAGACAGAGGAGCAGUACCGAGGCAUGAAGGUUGCAGCCAUUGGUGGAGAGGUGACAGCUGCAGAGUUGUUCAAUUCUGGAAUCAUUGAUAAAAGGACCCUGGAUGCCCUGUCCAGGGAGAAGUCUGGGGCGCAGGAUCUCAGCCGCAUGGCGCACGUCAGGACCUAUCUGGAAGGCCGUGGCUGCAUCGCGGGGGUCACCGUACCCUUGACCCAGGAGGUGAUGAGCUUGUACGAUGCCAGCAGGAAGGGACUCAUCCCCAUGGGGUUUGCAGUUCAGAUGCUGGAGGCCCAGGCAGCCACUGGCUUUGUGCUGGAUCCCUGUGGCCAGAGGAAGCUCUCUGUGCAACAGGCCGUGGCUGAGAGCCUGGUGGGAGAGGAGUGGCAGGCACAGCUUCUGGAGGCAGAGAAGGCCGCCCGAGGCUACACGGACCCAGCCACAGGCUACACCCUCUCGCUGUUCCAGGCCAUGCAGAGGAAGAUGGUCAGAAGAGAAGACGCACUGAGACUGCUCGAAGUGCAGAUGGCCACAGGGGGUGUCAUCGACCCACUGCACCACCACCGGCUCCCCCUGGACGUGGCCUACAGACGCGGCUGCCUGCACCAGGACACAUACCCACUCGUUUCAGAUCAGAGGCACAUGAGAAAAAGGUUUGUGGAUCCAAACAAUCAGGAGAGGGUGACAUACCAACAGCUACAGGAAAGGAGCCAGAAGGAAGCAGAGACGGGCUGGGCUCUGUUCAUGGUAACUGGGGACACCCAGCGCUCCAACUAUGACGAUGAGGCCACGAGGAGGGCCCUGGAGGCAGAGAAGGUCCAGGUCCAGGUGGGAAGGUACAAGGACCAGACGCUCUCAGUGUGGGAGAUGAUGAACUCUGAAUACGUGACCCACAAGAGGAAACUCGAGCUGGUGAGAGAAUACAAAGAGCAUGUGAACCAGGUACUGGAAGAAGCAGGAAACGUCAUUUUACAAAUAAUAGAGGAGCAAGAAAAAAGCAAGAAACAACUAUGGUUCCCAGGAAUCCGAAAGCAAAUCACGGCUGUAGAGCUGUUCAAGGCAGCCAUUGUCAGCAAAGAGCUGCUGGACAACCUGGCCCAGGGCACCAAGACCCCGCAGGAGGUGACCGAGAUGGACUCGGUCAAGCGCUACCUGCGCGGCACGAGCUGCAUCGCGGGCGUGCUGGUGCCCGCCAAGGACGAGCCCGGGCGGCAGGAGAAGAUGAGCGUCUACCAGGCCAUGUGGAAGGGCGUCCUGCGGCCCGGCACGGCCCUGGUGCUGCUCGAGGCGCAGGCGGCCACGGGCUUCCUCAUCGACCCCGUGCGCAACCAGAGGCUCACCGUGGAGGAGGCGGUGGCCGCGGGCCUGGUGGGCGGCGAGAUCCAGGACAAGCUGCUGUCGGCCGAGCGCGCCGUCACCGGCUACACCGACCCCUACACCGGCGAGCAGAUCUCGCUCUUCCAGGCCAUGCAGAAGGAGCUCAUCGUGCGCGACCACGGCAUCCGCCUGCUGGAGGCCCAGGUCGCCACGGGCGGCAUCAUCGACCCGGUGCACAGCCACCGGCUGCCCGUGGACGUGGCCUACCAGCGCGGCUACUUCGACGAGGAGAUGAACCGCGUGCUGGCCGACCCGAGCGACGACACCAAGGGCUUCUUCGACCCCAACACGCACGAGAACCUCACCUACGUGCAGCUGCUGCGCCGCUGCGUGCUCGACCCCGACACGGGGCUCUACAUGCUGCAGCUGGCCGGCGGGGGCUCCGCCGUGCACCAGCUGAGCGAGGAGCUGCGCGGCGCCCUGCGUGACGCCCGCGUGGCGCCGGGCCCGGGCGUCGCCCAGGGCCAGAGCGUCUCGGUCUGGGAGCUCCUCUUCUACCGGGAGGUGCCCGAGGGCGAGCGGCAGGACCUGCUGCGCAGGUACCGGGCGGGCUCGCUGACCGCGCACGAGGUGGGCGCCGCCCUCACCGCGCUGCUGGCCCGUCGCGACCCCGCGAGCCCGGGCGCGCGCCCCCCGGACCCCCGAGGGGCCCUGCGUGCCGCCACCAUGGAGGUCAAGCUGGGCCGCCUGCGGGGGCCGGCGGUGCCCGUGUGGGACGUGCUGGCGUCCAGCUACGUGAGCGGCGCCACGCGGGAGCAGCUGCUGGCCGGGUUCGGCUCGGGGACGCUGGGCUUGGCCGCGCUGACCCGCAGGCUGACCACCAUCAUCGAGGAGGUGGAGGCGGCCGGCGGGCCCGAGCGCGCCCCGGGCGACGCCGCCGGCGUCCAGCAGGAGCCGCGGCCGGCCGGGCCCGGCGGCGACGGCGGCAGGGGCGCGGGACCCUCCCCCGGCGAGGCCGCCACCGAGCCCGCCGCUGCUGCCGCCACCGAGCCCGCCGGCGGCCCCCAGGAGCAGGCCCUGCGUGCCGCCACCAUGGAGGUGCAGGCCGGGCCGCUGCGCGGGCAGCGGCCCUCCGUGUGGGACGUCCUCUUCUCCUCCUACCUGAGCCGGGCCCGGCGGGACGAGCUCCUGGCCCAGCACGCGGCCGGCGCCCUGGCGCUGCCGGGCCUGGUGGCCGUCCUCACCCGGGCGGUGGAGGAGGCGGAGGAGCGGCUGAGCAAGGUGACCUUCCGCGGCCUGCGGCGCCAGGUGUCGGCCUCCGAGCUGCGCUCGUCCGGGAUCCUGGGCCCCGAGACCCUGCGCGACCUGGCCCAGGGCACCAAGACCCCGCAGGAGGUGACCGAGAUGGACUCGGUCAAGCGCUACCUGCGCGGCACGAGCUGCAUCGCGGGCGUGCUGGUGCCCGCCAAGGACGAGCCCGGGCGGCAGGAGAAGAUGAGCGUCUACCAGGCCAUGUGGAAGGGCGUCCUGCGGCCCGGCACGGCCCUGGUGCUGCUCGAGGCGCAGGCGGCCACGGGCUUCCUCAUCGACCCCGUGCGCAACCAGAGGCUCACCGUGGAGGAGGCGGUGGCCGCGGGCCUGGUGGGCGGCGAGAUCCAGGACAAGCUGCUGUCGGCCGAGCGCGCCGUCACCGGCUACACCGACCCCUACACCGGCGAGCAGAUCUCGCUCUUCCAGGCCAUGCAGAAGGAGCUCAUCGUGCGCGACCACGGCAUCCGCCUGCUGGAGGCCCAGGUCGCCACGGGCGGCAUCAUCGACCCGGUGCACAGCCACCGGCUGCCCGUGGACGUGGCCUACCAGCGCGGCUACUUCGACGAGGAGAUGAACCGCGUGCUGGCCGACCCGAGCGACGACACCAAGGGCUUCUUCGACCCCAACACGCACGAGAACCUCACCUACGUGCAGCUGCUGCGCCGCUGCGUGCUCGACCCCGACACGGGGCUCUACAUGCUGCAGCUGGCCGGCGGGGGCUCCGCCGUGCACCAGCUGAGCGAGGAGCUGCGCGGCGCCCUGCGUGACGCCCGCGUGGCGCCGGGCCCGGGCGUCGCCCAGGGCCAGAGCGUCUCGGUCUGGGAGCUCCUCUUCUACCGGGAGGUGCCCGAGGGCGAGCGGCAGGACCUGCUGCGCAGGUACCGGGCGGGCUCGCUGACCGCGCACGAGGUGGGCGCCGCCCUCACCGCGCUGCUGGCCCGUCGCGACCCCGCGAGCCCGGGCGCGCGCCCCCCGGACCCCCGAGGGGCCCUGCGUGCCGCCACCAUGGAGGUCAAGCUGGGCCGCCUGCGGGGGCCGGCGGUGCCCGUGUGGGACGUGCUGGCGUCCAGCUACGUGAGCGGCGCCACGCGGGAGCAGCUGCUGGCCGGGUUCGGCUCGGGGACGCUGGGCUUGGCCGCGCUGACCCGCAGGCUGACCACCAUCAUCGAGGAGGUGGAGGCGGCCGGCGGGCCCGAGCGCGCCCCGGGCGACGCCGCCGGCGUCCAGCAGGAGCCGCGGCCGGCCGGGCCCGGCGGCGACGGCGGCAGGGGCGCGGGACCCUCCCCCGGCGAGGCCGCCACCGAGCCCGCCGGCGGCCCCCAGGAGCAGGCCCUGCGUGCCGCCACCAUGGAGGUGCAGGCCGGGCCGCUGCGCGGGCAGCGGCCCUCCGUGUGGGACGUCCUCUUCUCCUCCUACCUGAGCCGGGCCCGGCGGGACGAGCUCCUGGCCCAGCACGCGGCCGGCGCCCUGGCGCUGCCGGGCCUGGUGGCCGUCCUCACCCGGGCGGUGGAGGAGGCGGAGGAGCGGCUGAGCAAGGUGACCUUCCGCGGCCUGCGGCGCCAGGUGUCGGCCUCCGAGCUGCGCUCGUCCGGGAUCCUGGGCCCCGAGACCCUGCGCGACCUGGCCCAGGGCACCAAGACCCCGCAGGAGGUGACCGAGAUGGACUCGGUCAAGCGCUACCUGCGCGGCACGAGCUGCAUCGCGGGCGUGCUGGUGCCCGCCAAGGACGAGCCCGGGCGGCAGGAGAAGAUGAGCGUCUACCAGGCCAUGUGGAAGGGCGUCCUGCGGCCCGGCACGGCCCUGGUGCUGCUCGAGGCGCAGGCGGCCACGGGCUUCCUCAUCGACCCCGUGCGCAACCAGAGGCUCACCGUGGAGGAGGCGGUGGCCGCGGGCCUGGUGGGCGGCGAGAUCCAGGACAAGCUGCUGUCGGCCGAGCGCGCCGUCACCGGCUACACCGACCCCUACACCGGCGAGCAGAUCUCGCUCUUCCAGGCCAUGCAGAAGGAGCUCAUCGUGCGCGACCACGGCAUCCGCCUGCUGGAGGCCCAGGUCGCCACGGGCGGCAUCAUCGACCCGGUGCACAGCCACCGGCUGCCCGUGGACGUGGCCUACCAGCGCGGCUACUUCGACGAGGAGAUGAACCGCGUGCUGGCCGACCCGAGCGACGACACCAAGGGCUUCUUCGACCCCAACACGCACGAGAACCUCACCUACGUGCAGCUGCUGCGCCGCUGCGUGCUCGACCCCGACACGGGGCUCUACAUGCUGCAGCUGGCCGGCGGGGGCUCCGCCGUGCACCAGCUGAGCGAGGAGCUGCGCGGCGCCCUGCGUGACGCCCGCGUGGCGCCGGGCCCGGGCGUCGCCCAGGGCCAGAGCGUCUCGGUCUGGGAGCUCCUCUUCUACCGGGAGGUGCCCGAGGGCGAGCGGCAGGACCUGCUGCGCAGGUACCGGGCGGGCUCGCUGACCGCGCACGAGGUGGGCGCCGCCCUCACCGCGCUGCUGGCCCGUCGCGACCCCGCGAGCCCGGGCGCGCGCCCCCCGGACCCCCGAGGGGCCCUGCGUGCCGCCACCAUGGAGGUCAAGCUGGGCCGCCUGCGGGGGCCGGCGGUGCCCGUGUGGGACGUGCUGGCGUCCAGCUACGUGAGCGGCGCCACGCGGGAGCAGCUGCUGGCCGGGUUCGGCUCGGGGACGCUGGGCUUGGCCGCGCUGACCCGCAGGCUGACCACCAUCAUCGAGGAGGUGGAGGCGGCCGGCGGGCCCGAGCGCGCCCCGGGCGACGCCGCCGGCGUCCAGCAGGAGCCGCGGCCGGCCGGGCCCGGCGGCGACGGCGGCAGGGGCGCGGGACCCUCCCCCGGCGAGGCCGCCACCGAGCCCGCCGGCGGCCCCCAGGAGCAGGCCCUGCGUGCCGCCACCAUGGAGGUGCAGGCCGGGCCGCUGCGCGGGCAGCGGCCCUCCGUGUGGGACGUCCUCUUCUCCUCCUACCUGAGCCGGGCCCGGCGGGACGAGCUCCUGGCCCAGCACGCGGCCGGCGCCCUGGCGCUGCCGGGCCUGGUGGCCGUCCUCACCCGGGCGGUGGAGGAGGCGGAGGAGCGGCUGAGCAAGGUGACCUUCCGCGGCCUGCGGCGCCAGGUGUCGGCCUCCGAGCUGCGCUCGUCCGGGAUCCUGGGCCCCGAGACCCUGCGCGACCUGGCCCAGGGCACCAAGACCCCGCAGGAGGUGACCGAGAUGGACUCGGUCAAGCGCUACCUGCGCGGCACGAGCUGCAUCGCGGGCGUGCUGGUGCCCGCCAAGGACGAGCCCGGGCGGCAGGAGAAGAUGAGCGUCUACCAGGCCAUGUGGAAGGGCGUCCUGCGGCCCGGCACGGCCCUGGUGCUGCUCGAGGCGCAGGCGGCCACGGGCUUCCUCAUCGACCCCGUGCGCAACCAGAGGCUCACCGUGGAGGAGGCGGUGGCCGCGGGCCUGGUGGGCGGCGAGAUCCAGGACAAGCUGCUGUCGGCCGAGCGCGCCGUCACCGGCUACACCGACCCCUACACCGGCGAGCAGAUCUCGCUCUUCCAGGCCAUGCAGAAGGAGCUCAUCGUGCGCGACCACGGCAUCCGCCUGCUGGAGGCCCAGGUCGCCACGGGCGGCAUCAUCGACCCGGUGCACAGCCACCGGCUGCCCGUGGACGUGGCCUACCAGCGCGGCUACUUCGACGAGGAGAUGAACCGCGUGCUGGCCGACCCGAGCGACGACACCAAGGGCUUCUUCGACCCCAACACGCACGAGAACCUCACCUACGUGCAGCUGCUGCGCCGCUGCGUGCUCGACCCCGACACGGGGCUCUACAUGCUGCAGCUGGCCGGCGGGGGCUCCGCCGUGCACCAGCUGAGCGAGGAGCUGCGCGGCGCCCUGCGUGACGCCCGCGUGGCGCCGGGCCCGGGCGUCGCCCAGGGCCAGAGCGUCUCGGUCUGGGAGCUCCUCUUCUACCGGGAGGUGCCCGAGGGCGAGCGGCAGGACCUGCUGCGCAGGUACCGGGCGGGCUCGCUGACCGCGCACGAGGUGGGCGCCGCCCUCACCGCGCUGCUGGCCCGUCGCGACCCCGCGAGCCCGGGCGCGCGCCCCCCGGACCCCCGAGGGGCCCUGCGUGCCGCCACCAUGGAGGUCAAGCUGGGCCGCCUGCGGGGGCCGGCGGUGCCCGUGUGGGACGUGCUGGCGUCCAGCUACGUGAGCGGCGCCACGCGGGAGCAGCUGCUGGCCGGGUUCGGCUCGGGGACGCUGGGCUUGGCCGCGCUGACCCGCAGGCUGACCACCAUCAUCGAGGAGGUGGAGGCGGCCGGCGGGCCCGAGCGCGCCCCGGGCGACGCCGCCGGCGUCCAGCAGGAGCCGCGGCCGGCCGGGCCCGGCGGCGACGGCGGCAGGGGCGCGGGACCCUCCCCCGGCGAGGCCGCCACCGAGCCCGCCGGCGGCCCCCAGGAGCAGGCCCUGCGUGCCGCCACCAUGGAGGUGCAGGCCGGGCCGCUGCGCGGGCAGCGGCCCUCCGUGUGGGACGUCCUCUUCUCCUCCUACCUGAGCCGGGCCCGGCGGGACGAGCUCCUGGCCCAGCACGCGGCCGGCGCCCUGGCGCUGCCGGGCCUGGUGGCCGUCCUCACCCGGGCGGUGGAGGAGGCGGAGGAGCGGCUGAGCAAGGUGACCUUCCGCGGCCUGCGGCGCCAGGUGUCGGCCUCCGAGCUGCGCUCGUCCGGGAUCCUGGGCCCCGAGACCCUGCGCGACCUGGCCCAGGGCACCAAGACCCCGCAGGAGGUGACCGAGAUGGACUCGGUCAAGCGCUACCUGCGCGGCACGAGCUGCAUCGCGGGCGUGCUGGUGCCCGCCAAGGACGAGCCCGGGCGGCAGGAGAAGAUGAGCGUCUACCAGGCCAUGUGGAAGGGCGUCCUGCGGCCCGGCACGGCCCUGGUGCUGCUCGAGGCGCAGGCGGCCACGGGCUUCCUCAUCGACCCCGUGCGCAACCAGAGGCUCACCGUGGAGGAGGCGGUGGCCGCGGGCCUGGUGGGCGGCGAGAUCCAGGACAAGCUGCUGUCGGCCGAGCGCGCCGUCACCGGCUACACCGACCCCUACACCGGCGAGCAGAUCUCGCUCUUCCAGGCCAUGCAGAAGGAGCUCAUCGUGCGCGACCACGGCAUCCGCCUGCUGGAGGCCCAGGUCGCCACGGGCGGCAUCAUCGACCCGGUGCACAGCCACCGGCUGCCCGUGGACGUGGCCUACCAGCGCGGCUACUUCGACGAGGAGAUGAACCGCGUGCUGGCCGACCCGAGCGACGACACCAAGGGCUUCUUCGACCCCAACACGCACGAGAACCUCACCUACGUGCAGCUGCUGCGCCGCUGCGUGCUCGACCCCGACACGGGGCUCUACAUGCUGCAGCUGGCCGGCGGGGGCUCCGCCGUGCACCAGCUGAGCGAGGAGCUGCGCGGCGCCCUGCGUGACGCCCGCGUGGCGCCGGGCCCGGGCGUCGCCCAGGGCCAGAGCGUCUCGGUCUGGGAGCUCCUCUUCUACCGGGAGGUGCCCGAGGGCGAGCGGCAGGACCUGCUGUGCAGGUACCGGGCGGGCUCGCUGACCGCGCACGAGGUGGGCGCCGCCCUCACCGCGCUGCUGGCCCGUCGCGACCCCGCGAGCCCGGGCGCGCGCCCCCCGGACCCCCGAGGGGCCCUGCGUGCCGCCACCAUGGAGGUCAAGCUGGGCCGCCUGCGGGGGCCGGCGGUGCCCGUGUGGGACGUGCUGGCGUCCAGCUACGUGAGCGGCGCCACGCGGGAGCAGCUGCUGGCCGGGUUCGGCUCGGGGACGCUGGGCUUGGCCGCGCUGACCCGCAGGCUGACCACCAUCAUCGAGGAGGUGGAGGCGGCCGGCGGGCCCGAGCGCGCCCCGGGCGACGCCGCCGGCGUCCAGCAGGAGCCGCGGCCGGCCGGGCCCGGCGGCGACGGCGGCAGGGGCGCGGGACCCUCCCCCGGCGAGGCCGCCACCGAGCCCGCCGGCGGCCCCCAGGAGCAGGCCCUGCGUGCCGCCACCAUGGAGGUGCAGGCCGGGCCGCUGCGCGGGCAGCGGCCCUCCGUGUGGGACGUCCUCUUCUCCUCCUACCUGAGCCGGGCCCGGCGGGACGAGCUCCUGGCCCAGCACGCGGCCGGCGCCCUGGCGCUGCCGGGCCUGGUGGCCGUCCUCACCCGGGCGGUGGAGGAGGCGGAGGAGCGGCUGAGCAAGGUGACCUUCCGCGGCCUGCGGCGCCAGGUGUCGGCCUCCGAGCUGCGCUCGUCCGGGAUCCUGGGCCCCGAGACCCUGCGCGACCUGGCCCAGGGCACCAAGACCCCGCAGGAGGUGACCGAGAUGGACUCGGUCAAGCGCUACCUGCGCGGCACGAGCUGCAUCGCGGGCGUGCUGGUGCCCGCCAAGGACGAGCCCGGGCGGCAGGAGAAGAUGAGCGUCUACCAGGCCAUGUGGAAGGGCGUCCUGCGGCCCGGCACGGCCCUGGUGCUGCUCGAGGCGCAGGCGGCCACGGGCUUCCUCAUCGACCCCGUGCGCAACCAGAGGCUCACCGUGGAGGAGGCGGUGGCCGCGGGCCUGGUGGGCGGCGAGAUCCAGGACAAGCUGCUGUCGGCCGAGCGCGCCGUCACCGGCUACACCGACCCCUACACCGGCGAGCAGAUCUCGCUCUUCCAGGCCAUGCAGAAGGAGCUCAUCGUGCGCGACCACGGCAUCCGCCUGCUGGAGGCCCAGGUCGCCACGGGCGGCAUCAUCGACCCGGUGCACAGCCACCGGCUGCCCGUGGACGUGGCCUACCAGCGCGGCUACUUCGACGAGGAGAUGAACCGCGUGCUGGCCGACCCGAGCGACGACACCAAGGGCUUCUUCGACCCCAACACGCACGAGAACCUCACCUACGUGCAGCUUCUCCAGAGAGCUAUUCUGGACUCAGAGACUGGUCUGUUAUUUCUUUCCCUGGAGUAGAUUCACCCUUUUUGUGAAUUGUGUGGAUAUCCGUUUAAAUGUUUUAUGGUAUUUCUUCCAUCUUGAGAAAUUCUGAUUUUUUAUGUUGUUGUUCUCUCUGCCUUGUAUUUUACACAUGUGGUGAUAAUACGUUUUCAUUUCCCUUCCAGUUUCUGCACCUUCCCAGUUUUGUGGAAACAGAAUUAUAUGUUUCUUUUCAUUAUUUGUGUUUAUGUCUCCUGGAAUCAUUUUAUUUUUUAGUGCUUUUGUAUAUCAGCCGUGGAAUUUUGUUACCUUUUCUAUAAACAUGUUGCACUGGGCAGCUGCGUGGCUCAGUGGUUUAGCGCCCCCUUUGGCCCAUGGUGUGAUCCUAGAGUCCCGGGAUCGAGUCCCCUGUUGGGUUCCCUACAGGGAGCCUGCUUCUCUCUCCUUUCUUGUGUGUCUUACACUAUCUCUCUGUGUCUCAUGAAUAAAUUAAUAAAAUCUUUAAAAGCAAAACAUGUUGCGUUUAAAUUUAAGAUGCCUUUCUCUUGUUUUCUUCUUUUUUUUUUUUAUUGGCAAUAUGACAAUGAAGUGUAUACAAUCACGUUUUAUAUUCCUUUUUUCAUUAAAUGUUUUUGCUUCCACUUAA